AUGGAGAACGAAAGAGCGUAUACUUUAGCUGAUGGGAAUAAGAAAGUUUUUCUGAAGGAUUUCGUUUUGGAAUACUCCCUGGAAGGCGCAGGUCGUCCGAACAUAGGCACGCUUACUCUCAGUCUCUUUGGUCUUGGAGGAGAGGGCGACGCUGGACACACGGAGAGUAUCUCUGAAUCUGUCUGGAAAGACGGUCGUGUUAUCGAGCUGCAUCCCGAGAUGGGCGACCUCACGAUUGUUGCUCAGUCGGAAGGUGCUGGUGACUUGGGGUUCUUGUUCCUUCCAAAGGACCACCUCUUGGAGUUCCUCAAAGUUGAACAUGACCUCAAGGAGGUUGAACGCAAUUUUGUAAUGGAAGGACAUCCAGGAAAGCUGAAAAUAACUUUCAGCGUCGCUUUCUCGCAUACCGUCAACGCAGACAGUAAUACCAGGCCAAGCGUACAGCCCCGCUACCAAACACAAAGUCUAUCGACAGCUACCCCAGGGAAUUCUCUCGAGACGCCUAGCCUCUUCAAUGCCAUCGGACAUCGUUUCAUGCAGCAAUUCGCGGCAACCAAUAAAGUCGAUGACAUCAACAAAGCCUGCUCAAAUUACGAUCUUGCCGCCCAGCUAGCAGGACCCGAUGACGCGAGGUACGGGCUGUACCUCGCUGACUCUGCAUUCGGAUUGUUCGGAAGGUUCAGGUUGCUGAAAAACAUAACUGACGUCAACCAAGCUAUUUCGACGAUGGAAACUGCCGUUGCUUGUACUUCUGAGGGUGAUGUCGACCUUCCCGGAAGGCUGCACAACUGCGGAAGCUUAUUUCGCGCUCGUUUUGAACACAAUGGAGACCCUCAAGACUUGAAGAGCGCUAUUAAAUAUCAGCAGAAAGCAGUUAAAAGCACUGCCGACGAGGACCCUAAUCUCCCUAUGUUGAUCAACCAGCUCGGCGACUCGUUCAAGAUGUGCUUUGAAUGCACCGGCGACCUUGUAGAUAUUGAAAACGCCAUCUUAAAUCAACAGAUGGCCCUCCAACUCGUCGGCGAGGAGAACCAUAUUUUUCCAGUGUGGCUCAGCAAUCUUGGAGCAUCUUUUCGAUGUCGCUUUCAACGUACAGGUGAACGUGAGGAUAUUGACACCGCCGUACGAAAUCAGGAGGCGGCGGUCCGCCUUGUUCCGGCCCAACCCGGACUACUCAACAACUUGGGAAAUUGCCUUCUACUUUACUUUGAAGUCACUGGGGACCUCACAGACAUCGACAAUGCCAUAUCAAAUCAGCUCAAGGCUGUCGAGCUCGCUUCCGAAAAUGAUUCCAAUCUACCCUCUUUUCUGAGUAACCUAGGCGCGUCAUACCUCACACGAUUUGACUUCAAGGGAGAUCUUCAAGAUGCGAAGAGCGCCAUCCUGUAUCAGCAGCAAGCGGUCAAACUCUAUCCCGAAGGACAUCCAAACCUGCCUGGCUUACUCAAUAAUCUUGGAAGCAUGCUCGUGGCCCAAUUCAACCACACUGGAGACAUCGAGGACAUCUCAAAUGCCAUCGUACAUCAGCAGAGGGCAGUCCAACUCACGCCGGCUGGCCACGCCAACUUACCCGGUUUCCUUGGGAAUCUAGGAAAUUCGUUUGAGAUGCGUUUCAGACGCAGCGGGUGCCUGGAAGAUAUUGACAGUGCGAUCUCGAAUCAACAAGUGGCAAUCCAACUCACGCCCACAAACCACAGCAACCUCCCGACCUUGCUCUGUUCCAUCGGUUAUUCAUUCAUCACUCGGGCUCGAUCUACUGGAGAUUCCAUAGAUAUCGAGAGCGCCAUUGCUCAUCAGCAGAGAGCCGUCCAGCUUGCCCCCAAGUCUCAUGCCACAGCGUCAAGCCACUUUCUUUCUAGCCUUGGGUUAUCGUUCGCCUUUCGCUUCGAACGCACUGGAGAUCCCGACGACAUUGAAAGCGCUAUAUCACUCCAGCAGAAAGCCGUGGAACUUACUCCUCAAGGUCAUAGCAGUCUACCUCUGCGACUUGGUGACCUUGGAGUGGCCUUACGCAUUCGCUUCGAACGCUUUGGAGACCUCGUCGACAUUGAACGUGCCAUAUCGAAUCAGCAGAGGGCAGUCAAUAUCACCCCUAAAGGGCACGCAGCUCUACCUGGGCAACUCACUAAUCUUUCAGCCUCCUUUGCUGCCCGUUUCACGCGUACUGGAGCCUUGACAGAUAUCGAACGGGCAAUUAUGACUCAAGAGCAAGCAGUCGAAUACACCCCAACAGGCCACGCUGAGCUCCCCGUACACCUUAAUAAUCUUGGAAACUCCUACCUGAAUCGCUUUAGAAUCAAGAACGAUUUUCAGGAUAUCGAAAGCGCUCUUGCAAACCAGGAGCGAGCGGUACAGCUCACGCCGGACGGCCACCCCCGGCUCGCUGCAUGGUACAACAAUCUCGGAAAUUCGUUUCGAACUCGCUUUUGGCGUACUCGAGAACUUCCCGACGUCGAAAGGGCCAUCUCGUAUCAUCAGCGUGCAGUAGACCUCACUGCCGAAAGCAACGUUUACCUGCCUAUGUGGUUGACAAGCCUCGGAAGUUCUUUUGGGACACGAUUUGAACACACCGAAGAUGUCCGAGAUAUUGAAACGGCGAUCACACACCAGCAGAGAGCUGUCGACAUCACUCCGAACGGACACGCCGGACUUCCCUUAUUGCUUCAUAAUCUCGCGGAUUCAUUUCGACUGCGCUUUGCCAUCACCAAGGAUGAACAAGAUAUCCUUCAAGCGAUAUCCGUGUGGCGUAGGGCAGCUACACACAGCUCAGGUCAUCCUUCAAUACGCCUUGACUCGGCCAGGAAAUGGGCAAUGUUGAGCCAGGAACAUAACGGACCAGACACGUUGGAGGCCUUUCGGGUAGCCAUUGGGCUCCUCUCCCAAGUUGCCGGGCUAGAGCAGACGAUACACAGCCGCCACAAGAACCUUGCCGACAUGACAGAUUUGACCGCCUCUGCUACAGCGGCGGCGUUUGCUCACGGUGCACUCGAAGACGCUCUCGCCUGGCUAGAGCAAGGUCGCUGCAUUGUAUGGAACCAGAUCAAUCAGCUCCGCGCCCCUGUCGAUAGGUUACGCGUCCACCAUCCGUCACUCGCUGGGAGGCUCUUACAGGUGGGGCGUGCGCUGGAAGCCUCGGCAUAUCGCCAACAGGAAACCACUGCCAUCUCGCAAACAGUCACCCCUCAAACGAUCACAAUACAAGAGGAGACUCAGGCCCAUGUCCAGCUCGCCGGGGAUUGGGAUCGGAUACUCGCAGAGAUUCGCGCUAUUCCCGGGUUCCAGGAUUUUCUUCAACCUCCCGAUGCUUCACAUCUGCUCUCGCGCUUGCCACAGGAGGGCCCUAUCGUCAUCUUCAACAUUGGCCAGAAACGAAGUGAUGCGUUGGCUUUGGUUUCUGGUUGUGACGUCCCCCUCCACGUCUCACUUGAAAACUUCAGCCAUGAACAAGUGCUCGGACUCUCUGGCAGUCUCCGCAAAUACCUAAGGGCGCAUGAUAUCCAGCGGGACGACGAAGGUCUCGAGGCAGAUCGUGGCGGACACAAAGUUCCCCCUCUCGGGAUGCAGGGCGGUCUUUACAAAGUUCUCAGCUCUCUUUGGGCGGACGCCGUAAAACCAAUAUUGGACGCCCUUGGUUUCUCGUUCCCAGCUUCAGACCGGCCGCGUAUUUGGUGGUGCCCCACUGGCCCCCUCGCGUUCCUUCCCCUCCAUGCGGCUGGGAUCUUUGCGAAAGACAGGACUGCUAGAUCAUCGACUUCCGAUUUCGUUAUUUCCUCCUACACCCCGUCGAUCAGCUCCCUUCUCGAUAAAUUGAACGAGACGCCCACUGACAGGCGAAGACACGACAACCUACUUCUCGUCAGCCAACCAGAGACGCCAGGGUGUUCUCGCCUACCGGGCGCUAAGAAAGAAACAGAAGUGCUCAAGACGAUGCUGUCGAGCGCAACUAUAGAAUCUCGGUUGCUUGAAGGUGCUGCCGCCACGGCAACUCGGGUCAAGGAGGAGUUGAUCACACACAAUUGGGUGCAUUUCGCUUGUCAUGCCGUCCAAGAUAUAGGAGAGCCUCUCAAGAGUGGAUUCCAUCUGCACGACGGCCGCCUUCAUCUCCUUGAGAUAAUGCAAGAGCGCCUCUCUGAAACCGACCACGCCUUCCUGUCAGCAUGCCAGACCAGUAUGGGAGACGAGAAGCUCUCGGACGAAGCGAUUCACCUCGCUGCCGGGAUGUUGGCCGCUGGUUAUCGAGGCGUAGUGGCAACAAUGUGGUCGAUCCAGGACAAAUACGGGCCUGAAUUUGCCGCAACCUUCUAUAGCCAUCUCUUAGAAGAAGUGAAAUUGCCCACCAGUGGAGGAGGGGUAACGAAGCUUGAUGGUGCUCGCGCAGCUCGUGCACUUGACUUCAGCGUGCAGAAGAUUCGAGAGAAGUUGGGGGAUGACGAGAGAGCCCUCUUGGCAUGGUUGCCCUACGUCCACUUCGGAGUUUAG